GGAUGCUGUAGAAACUGGAAUUUUCAUGAGCAUCCGUUUGUUAGUGCGGGGCACGUCUUGGGAGUUCUGUAUUGGGUGGGGUUCAAGCAGAGUUGCCGAGGAUAAGCUCGACCUUGAUUUGUGAUUACUUCACUGCUAGCCAUAAAUUAGUUUUCUUUCCCGCCAGCUUCCGGAUCAAUAGCCAUUGAGCAAAGAUAUUCAGAAAAUACAUCACUACUUCGGAUUCUUACCUGUGAAUAUGCAUAAAUCGAGUUUCCUUCCCGUCGCAACGCGGCUCUCGAGACAAAUAACGACUUCGUCAUUGCGCCUUUCCAGAUCAUUCAGCAGUACGAAUUCCAUUCAAGACGUGAACAAGCUAGCAGUCAUCGGUGGAGGACAGAUGGGCCUGGGAAUUGCCUAUGUUGCUGCUUCUGUGUCAAACCUUUCAGUCAGUAUCAUCGAUAGUUCACCGGAAUCGCUGAGUAAAGGAUCCAAAUUCCUAGAUCAACUCUUAAACAAGGAUGUCAAGAAAGGUCGAAUAACGGCGGAGAAAGCCUCUGAGGUCCAGAAACUUAUACAAUCAACUACCAGCUUCGAUGCUGUUACAGACUCUGAUUUCAUUAUUGAGGCGGUACCGGAAAUUCCCAGUCUGAAGUUCGACAUCUUUGGCCGUCUGGCAAAAGAAGCGCCAGCCCACGCGAUUUUAAGUACCAAUACGUCCUCAAUUUCAAUCACAAAGAUCGCCGCAUCAGCAAAAGGUGCAGAGAGUAGAGUAAUCUCUACUCAUUUUAUGAAUCCAGUUCCUGUGCAGAAGGGCGUUGAAAUUAUAACUGGCCUGCAGACAGCGCCGGAAACCGUUGACGCUGCAAUGAAGCUUGUGAAGUCUAUGGGAAAAAUCCCAAGUAUCUCUGCCGAUAGUCCCGGAUUCUUAGCUAACCGGAUUCUGAUUCCGUAUAUCAACGAAGCAGUCAUCUGUCUAGAGACAGGUAUUGGCACUAAAGAGGAUAUUGAUAGCAUCAUGAAAAAUGGCUGUGCAAUGCCAAUGGGACCCUUAGCUUUGGCCGAUUUCAUUGGUCUUGACACUUGCCUGGCUAUCAUGAAUGUUCUCUACAACGACACAGCGGACUCGAAAUACCGGCCGUCUGUUCUUCUUCAGAAGAUGGUCGAUGCAGGAUGGCUAGGAAAGAAGAGCGGGAAGGGAUUUUAUGAUUAUUGAGCUCAAGCAUCGGCCGAGAAUAGUUGCUAUUGAGAUAUAAGUUUACUGUAUUGAUAAAAAUCAUCUACACUUGAUCAAGCUUUGAAGGUAUAUCUAUUGUACUCUGUGCGUGCAAGUAUUCGAUAAGGAAGGCGGCCUGCACGAUACUCACCACAGAGACUGAUACCACCCCAAUGCACGGUACAAGAGAGUAAACAGAACCCGUUGGAGGCAGUAUCUGAAACCCUUGAGAUAUUCCUCUGUAGACUAUUGCUAGGCCUCCUAGGAAGAAUUCUUGCAUUUAGUGGCGGUGACGCUUUAUGGCAGGAGUAGUAAUAGAGCAUUUUCGUAGAGAUAGAAC